AUGACAACCCGAUGGAUGUCAUCACGCUGGCGGAGGGCGAGGAUGACGACGCCGAGGCCGCCGCCGUGUCAGGUGAGGUGGUUGCCGAGAGGCCGUUCGCUCCCAAAAAGCUCAACUUGGACACGGAGCAAGACGGAAACGAAACGGAGGACAACGAUGUCGGCGCGGAAGGCCAGCAGACCAAGAACAGAGAGAAAGACAAACCCGAGGAGGACAAUGACGGCCGGGAGAAAAAAACAAAACGGAAAGACAAAGCCAAAGAGCGUAACGAUGGACAGAAGAGCAGCAACAUGACGAAACAGGAGCGCAAAAAGAAGCACCCGCACGACACGUCGGCUUCAAAGCCGAAGAGUCCCAAGAAAAACGGACGCCACGAAAGCGCUGACGAAGAGGAAGACGAGUGCCCGACACCAUCCCGUGACACAUCUCGGAGGAAACAUCUGGACACGUCCAGGUGCCAAAUAAGCGACGACAGAAAGGACGAAGACCUUCAAACGGAAGCCAAAGAACGAAAAAAGAAGAGGGGAGAAAAAAACACGCCGAGCUUAGCCUCUCUCAACUCCAACUACAAGGAGAGCUCAUCUUCGGGCGGCAGCGGCAGCCAAUGCACUAACGGAACGGCCUCUCCUUUAUCGCUGGAGGACCUUGAGGCCUUCGCCUUGCGGCCCGCCCCCAGAGAGGUAACCAUCCAGUGUCGGGUCACCAGAGACAGGAGAGGCAUGGAGAAGGGCAUGUACCCCACUUACUACCUACACAUGGAGAAAGAGGACGGAAAGAGGUUGUUCCUAAUGGCGGGCCGUAAAAGGAAGAGGAGCAAAACAUCCAACUAUCUCAUCUCAACAGAUCCUACCAAUCUGUCCCGAGACACUAGCUGCUACAUCGGAAAACUAAGGUCCAACGUUCUGGGAACAAAGUUCAUCGUAUACAACGGGGGAGAAAACCCGGAGAAAAAGCCUUUCGUUAAAGAAUGCGAAUCUGUGAGACAAGAGCUGGCCGCCAUUUUUUACGAAACUAACGUUCUGGGAUUCCGAGGUCCUCGUAAAAUGACGGUGAUUAUCCCGGGAAUGCUGGAGAACGACGAGAGGGUGGCCAUUCAGCCCAAAAAUGAGCAGGAAACCCUGCUAGCGCGCCACGCUAGCAACAACACGGACAAGCUAGUGACCCUGGUCAACAAAUGUCCCAGCUGGAACGAGCAGACGCAGUCGUACGUGCUAAACUUCCACGGCCGCGUCACGCAAGCCUCCGUGAAAAACUUCCAAAUCAUCCACCCGGAGAACGGCGACUACAUCGUGAUGCAGUUCGGUCGCGUUUCCGAGGACGUCUUCUCGAUGGAUUACAGCUUUCCCAUGUGCGCCCUUCAGGCCUUCGCCGUCACGCUCUCAUCUUUUGACGGCAAACUGGCCUGCGAGUGACCCUCAAGUGGUCUGCCGCAUCUUGGAUCUGAACUGCACACUUAAUAAGAAACAACAAGCUACCUAGGUUACCCUUGCACUACAUUAAAAAGUGUACCUAA